UUGGCGGUUGGUACGGAAGCCGAUGGGGACGGAUUGAUUGCGCGAAGGCAAAACGAAGCCAAGCGUGAGGGAUAGGAGAAGAGAGAGCUCAGACGGAACAGAAGGUGGUGGCGUCGUCGUUGAAGUGCUGCUCACCACAAGAGAAAAGAAUGAGUUUGGACAAAGCCGAGCUCUGCGACAGCCUCUUACUCUGGCUCCAGACGUUUCAUGUGCCAUCGCCCUGUACUACCAAACAACAGCUGACCAGUGGAGUUGCAAUUGCUCAGGUCCUUAAUCAUAUUGAUCCUUCCUGGUUUAAUGAGGCCUGGUUAGGGCGUAUUAAGGAGGAUAUCAGUGACUGGAGGCUGAAGGUAAGCAACCUGAAGAAAAUCCUUCAGAGCAUGUUGGAAUAUUAUCAUGAUGUUCUAGGUCACCAGAUUUCUGAGUACAAUCUGCCAGAGGUUAAUCUAAUAGGAGAACAUUCGGAUGCAGUAGAGCUCGGCCGAAUGCUACAGCUUGUACUUGGCUGCGCCGUCAGUUGUGAGAAGAAACAAGAGUACAUCCAGCAUAUCAUGACGCUGGAGGAGUCUGUUCAACAUGUUGUCAUGACGGCCAUCCAGGAGCUUUUGACCAAAGACCCUUGCGAAUCAGUGCACAGUGACAGCUAUAGUGAUGUGGAUUGCCAGUUGAAGAGAUUCAAUUUAUGUGACGAGGUGGAAUCAAAGGACGAACUCUCUCAACGUUGUCAUGAACUGGAUCUCCAGGUUGCAACUCUUAUGGAUGAAAAGAGCAGUUUGAUGGCUGAGAACAAAGUGUUGCAUGAAAGGAUGAACCGCUCUGACUCCUUCGAGGAAUCAACUACCGUCACCAACAAAAAACUCCUUUUACUGCAAAGCCAGCUGGAGCAGUUACAGGAAGAGAACUUCAGGUUGGAGGGGAUCAAGGAUGAUUUCCGCAUCCGGUGUGAGGAAAUGGAAAAGGAGAUGUACGAUUUGCAGCGCAGGAAUGAUGAGCUCACCAGCCUGGCUGAGGAGUCCCAGUCUCUCAAAGACGAAAUGGACAUUUUGAGGCAUUCUUCAGACAAAGUCAGUAGGCUGGAGGCUACCGUGGAGGCUUACAAGAGGAAGCUUGAGGAUUUGGGGGACCUGCGUAGACAAGUCAAGCUCCUGGAGGAGAGGAACACUGUGUAUAUGCAAAAGACCUUUGACCUGGAGGAGGAGUUGAAAAAAGCAAACUCAGUACGCAGUCAGCUGGAGGCUUACAAGAGACAGGUUCAUGAGCUUCACAACAAGCAGACAGAAGAGUCAAUGAAAACAGAAAAGUGGCAGUUUGAGUUCAAGCACCUACAGGAGAAACAUGACGCACUGCUGAAGGAGAAAGAGCGGCUAAUAGUAGAACGAGAUGCCCUCAGGGAGACCAAUGAAGAGCUGAGGUGUGCGCAAAUGCAGCAGAAGUUCCUGAACAAAGCAGAUACAGCACUUGAUGAAGAUUUAUCAGUGGGAAACCUUGCAGCAGAGAUGGUUCCUGCGGAUCUCCAGGAGAAGAUCAUUCAGCUGCAACGUGAGAACAAGAUGCUGCGUGUACAACAAGAGGAGACGUACAACAACCAGUUAACAGAGUUCCAAAGUGUGCUGGAUGAUGCCAACAGGAACAAACACAAACUGGAGAAUGAAAACAGGUUGAAUCGGCAGCAGAUCACUGAGCUGCGCUCACAAGUAGACCAACUCCAAAGGGCUCUACAGGAGCAGGGAAGCAAGGCUGAAGAUGCCAUUUCUAAUCUGCUGAAACGGAAGCUGGAUGAACACUUAGAGAAGCUUCAUGAAGCUCACAAUGAGCUACAGAAAAAGAGAGAGUACAUUGAUGACCUAGAGCCUACCGUUGACAGCCACACAGCCCGAAAGAUUGAUGAGCUGCAAGAAGUUUUGAAGAAGAAAGAUGAAGACAUGAAAGCCAUGGAGGAAAGAUACAAGAAGUAUCUGGAGAAGGCACGGACGGUGAUUCAAACGCUCGACCCAAAACAAACUCCAACAACUGCUCCUGAAGUUCAAGCCCUAAAAAACCAACUGCACGAGAAAGAGGUUAAGAUUCAACUGUUAGAGAAUGAUUUUGAAAAAAACAAGUCCCAAAGAGACCAAGAAGAGAAAUUGAUCAUCAGUGCCUGGUACAACAUGGGCAUGGCUCUUCACCAAAAGGUAACGGAAGAAAGGUCUCGGGGCCAUGGUCAAGCCCAGUCAUUCCUGGCUCAACAGAGACAAGCUACUAAUGCGCGUCGGGUACAUCCAAACCGGCUGCACCAGUCUGUGACGCGAUAAGCUGCCAAUCCAGCACACGAACAUCAAGAGCAAUUACAGUACCUCAAUGCAACUACAGCACAAAAAAUACACAACCGCUAUUCUCUCCAAAAGGUUACGGAGUUAAUCUCUUUUUUUCUUUUUUCCCUCCCAUGAGGUUUAGGUUAUCCUGCAGGAGAAUUUUCUAUGUUGGCAUCUUCCAUUCCUAAUCACUUUGAAAACUAGUUUCAAGAUUUUGGUUUGACAACAAAACCCAUUUUUUUUAUUAUAAAACUAUGCCAAAUGUCAAUGUUCCCCUUGGGGAGAACUAGUAAGGGACACGAGGCUGACUACACUAGAGAGUCGGAUUAAAUCCUGGGCUGUCCGUGACCCAGGGUGUGAUGAAUGAUUUGCUCCCUAAGCUGUGUUCAUUUAUCUCCCUCGUGUGGCCAUUCUCAGUUACUCCUUCUGGUCGGUGUUCUCUCUCCAUUUCAUUUACUGCCACCACUCCCUCUUCGCCCCUGCCACCAUCAGCACUCACUGUUUAAACAGAUUUUUUUUGUCCUAAAUUAAGGCAUAUCAAGGUUGACCAUGGAGGUGCUGUUUGUGAAUGGGGGUUGGCCCGUGUGGGCCUUCCUCUGUAAUAACACUAAUACUAAUGGUACAAUAAUUUCUUACGCUGUUGCUGUUUUUUUUUAAGAGCCGUCCUUCAGAUCAGAGUGUUUAAUACUUUGGGACUAGCGUCUGAGUCCCAUUUAGUUACCUUACAGAAGCAGUUGUAGGUCUAACUGACAAUGCUAGGCUGCUCUAUUUUGGAACAUUACCGGCAUGGUUUAUACUCAAGGUACUUGCACUUUACUAUUAACUGGUAGCUAAUUGAUUCUGGUUAUAUUAAAUGAGGGCAUGCAGGCUCAAAAGCUUGCAUUGAAUUGGGACGGGUGGUUUUGCCCAAUGAAGGCCGUGGGACAUGGUUCCCUCCUGAAUGAUGUAGUGUUUUCUGUAUCUCUUUUAUUGCUGAGGAAGUUAAACUCUUUUAGGUUUGAUUCUCUCCUCUCUCUCUCUCUCUCUCUGGAUGAUUUAAGUGAGCUGAAUUUUACUAGGUUUUGUGGCUGAUUAAAUUUUAUGACUUUCCUGCUGGUGUGAAGUUCUCCAGCACUCUGGGAGUCAGGCUGUGAAAUGAUCAGAAAUCAUUAGAUGAACUGAUUCUUUUUUAAGAAAAUACUUAGUUUAUAUUUAAAUCGAAUUGAAUGUGCAGCUGUACUCAACACAGCGCCUAGAUUAUGGAGCCUAGAUUCUAUAAGUUGUCCUACAUUUUGUUAAUUUAAAUAAAGUUUGUCUCCUUUAUGUGUAUAUAUACACAUAUAUAUAUACGUAUAUAUAUAUAUA